AUGGGCUCGACUCCUCCUAUUGUUAUUAUAGUGGCGGCGCUACUUCCCGAAUUGGGAAUCGGAUAUCAAGGGAAACUUCCCUGGAGGCUUUCCAAAGAGAUCAAAUACUUUAGAGACGUGACCACUGGUAAUAAACGGAACGCGGUUGUUAUGGGUCGCAAUACGUGGAAUUCUAUACCCAAUAAAUUCCGCCCCCUUAAGGGAAGAUUGAACGUUGUACUUUCUAGAACGUUCCAGAAUGAACUAGUAACUCCCGAAUUGUAUCAUGCCAAUUCUUUUGACUCGGCUAUUGAUUGGAUAUCCAAAGACAAGGCCCAUGAGAUAGAGCGGAUCUUUGUGAUUGGAGGAGGCGAAUUGUACAACACCGUGAUUAAUGAUUCCAGGACACUGCAUUUGUUGAUUACGGAGAUCAAGAAUAAUUUAGGUGAAGAAGUUCCAAUGGAUACAUUCUUGAAGUUCCCUAUUUAUCAACAACAUCAACAAUUGGAGUGGAAGAAAAUGGAUGAGGAUAAGCUUAAAAAAUUUGUCGGUGAGGAUAUUGAAAUAAGCCAAAACAAUAUCGAAGGAGACUAUACUUAUGAUUUCACUCUUUGGGAACGAACAUGA